UGGCUGCUCGUCCCACGCCUUGUUUGCUCACUGCGGGCAAAGCGAAGCUCUCACUGGGGAGCCUGCAGCAAUACAGACACAGGUCUUCAGCCACCCAACACCUGCAAGGAGAUUGUAGCCACCCCAAAGUCCGUUCGCAGCUGGAGGCAUGGGGUCUCCAGCAGCCCUGCCCUGCCUGCUCCUUCUCGUCCUGCACCUCACAGCUGGAGGAUCAGCAGCACUGCAUUACGUGGUCACGUCCCCAGCUGUGAUCUACCACCCCCAUGCAGCGACGCUGUGGGUCCAUUUUAGUGACCUCCCCGAGCCUGCCCAGGUGACUAUCCAGCUGCAGAGAGCAGGUGGGGCUGGCAACAUCACCCUGCUGGAGAGGAAGGUGCAGGAGCCUCACGUGCAUCUGAAUGCCACCUUCAUCGCUCCAGCCCCCUCCAAGGGGAAGGAGGAAAUCGUGGAUCUGCACGUCUCAAUCAAGGGAGAUUCCCUGGAUGUCUCCAAAAAGAAGAAGGUGAUGCUGAGAGCCCUGGAGCCUGGGAUCUUCAUACAGACAGACAAGGCUGUCUACAAGCCUGGGCAGCAAGUGAAGUUUCGAAUUGUCUCUUUGGAUAAAGACUUCAUUGCCAGUGACAAGAAGCUGCCCCUCGUGUUCCUGAAGGACCCCAGAGGGAACCGGAUCGCGCAGUGGCGAGAUGUGAGCCCGUGGCAGGGCAUUGUGGACCUGUCCCUCCCGCUGGCCACGGAGCCAGUCCUGGGCACAUACACCAUUGAGGUGAAGGGGAAGACUCGCUCCUUCAGCGUGGAGGAAUACGUGCUGCCCAAGUUUGAGGUGACCAUUGACGUCCCCCCCAUUGUGCUGGAGAAAGACACAAAGCUUCGGGUGGAGAUUUGUGGGAGGUACACCUAUGGGAAGCCCGUCCAGGGGAAGGUCCAGGCCACUGUGUGCAGGCCCUUCUUGUUUGGCUUGGUGAUGUACGUUGUUGGGCAAUCCUCACCAAGGACAAACUGCAUCGAGGUUGGCGGGCAGACUGAGAACGGCUGCUUUUUGACGGAGGUUUUGAUGGCUUCCUUUGAUCACACCAACGGCGGGCUUCAGAAGCGCAUGCAGGUCAAGGCAUCACUGGUGGAGGAGGGGACAGGGCUGGAGAUGAACAACACUAAGAGCUUUGAUAUUUUGCCUGAAAUCUACAAGGUUACCUUCAAGAACACUGAAGGCUUCUACAAGCGUGGGAUUCCCUACGCCGGGACGAUGCAGCUGGAGGGACCUGGUGGCUCUGCCCCCAAGGAUAAGCAGCUGGUGCUCAUCGUGCACCAUCAAGGAGAAGCUACGAGACACAGCUUCCUGACCGACACGUCAGGGAGAGCCUCCUUCGAGCUGGACACCUCUGGUUGGACUGGCACUGUCACCCUGCGUGGUCAAGUCAAUGAGUCAGCUCACACCCAGGAGAGCAGUGGCUCAUCACCCCUCUACGAAGCAGCUUUUGCGGACCUGCGCCCCUUUGUUUCGAAGAGCCAGAGCUUCUUGCACAUCCACAGGCUGGAGAGCAAGCUGCCCUGCAGCCAGCCCCAGCAGCUCCAGGUGGAUUACAUCUUCAACAAGGAAGCCUUGGGGACUGAGCUGCAGAGACUGGAUGUGGUCUUCCUGGUCAUGGCCAAGGGGACUAUUGCCACCAUACUCAGGAAGGAGCUGCCCAUGGAGGCAGGGCUGAGAGGCUCCUUCUCCCUGGAGCUGCCUGUUGGCCCCGAGCUGGCACCCAUGGCCACGGUGCUGGGCUACACGGUGCUGCCCAGUGGUGAGAUGGUGGCUGACAGCAGCAAGCUCAGCCUGGCCAAGUGCCUCCCCAACAAGGUGAAGCUGGCCUUUUCGGAGGAACAAGCACUGCCCGGCUCGGCGCUGAGGCUGCAGCUGGAGGCAGCCCCAAGGUCCCUGUGCGCCAUCCGUGCUGUGGACCGGAGCGUCCUGCUCUUGAAACCUGAGGCUGAGCUCAGCACGGAGGAGAUCUACAAAGUGCUACCCAAUUUUGACUCCCCUAGAAGCAUUCGAGACCCAGAGCCCUGUUCACCUUUCUGGAGACAUCCCCCCUUAUCCCGCACCCCACCUAUGAGAAACACAGAUGUUUUUCUCCAUUCAAGGAGGUAUUUUUUACCUCCACCUUUCUGGGAAAAUUUCCAGGUGGAUGCCUACAAGUUAUUUCAGGACGCAGCACUGAAACUUCUCACCAAUGCCAAGACCAGGGCUGCUUGCGAAGAGUGGUUCGACAUGCCUGAGAUACCUGACAUGGGUGUUGUGGGUCCUACAGGUCGGUGUCCUCACAAAGCAUUCGGUAGAGAGGGGCUGGGCAGGGGUGUCCCCUCUCCUGGUGGGGUGGUGGGAAGGGCUGUGUCACAGGGCUUUGCCUUACAGAGCCACCUGAGGUCUUCCAUGAUGGCUCAGUUCUUGGUUGAAGGGGAUUUUGGCUGCUCAUGGCUGCCUUCAGCAGAGAUCCAGCCCUGGGCUGAUAUGCAGAAACCCAUGGACCCUAAUUUCUGCUCUGCCUUUUCUAGAUAACUGAUGUUCUUUUCCGGAUAUCUGAUGAAAAACAGGAUGAUUAUCCCUGCCAGAAGUACCUUAGAUGUACCUCCCAUCCAGGAGGAGCCGCCGGCUCCGCGGUCGUACUUCCCAGAGACAUGGCUGUGGGACCUGGUCCCUGUGGGGGAGGAGGGCUCCGUGGAGGUGCCGGUGACAGUGCCCGAUGCCAUCACGGAGUGGACAGCUGGGAUGUUCUGCACAGCACCCACGGGCUUGGGGCUGUCCCCUACCAUCACCCUCUUGACCUUCAAGCCCUUCUUCGUGGAGCUGGCGCUGCCCUAUGCUGUGACCCGGGGCGAAGCCUUCACCCUGGCUGCCACCGUCUUCAACUACCUGCAGCAGUGCCUGCGGGUUCGGGUGACGCUGGUGGAGUCAGCGGAGCUGGAGGUGUCAGAGACUGCAGGCGGGACGUACAGCGGCUGCGUCUGUGCGGAUGAAGCCAGGACCUUCCAGUGGGAUGUGAAAGCUACCAGCCUGGGGGAGGUCAACAUCACCAUCAGCACUGAGGCCAUAAACUCAGAGGAGCUCUGUGGUAAUGAGGAGCCCGUGGUGCCAGCCCAGGGACGAGUGGACACCGUGAUAAAGCCCUUGCUGGUGCAGCCCGGGGGCAUCCUGGUGGAGAAGGCGCACAGCUCCCUGCUCUGCCAGGAAGCUGCUGAAGAAGUUUAUCUGAAGCUUCCUGCAAACAUCUUGGAGGGCUCCCAGCGAGCCCAUGUCACCGUGAUGGGCGACAUCAUGGGAAAUGCACUGCAGAAUGUGGACCGCCUCCUGGCCAUGCCCUAUGGCUGCGGGGAGCAGAACAUGGUCCGCUUCGCCCCCAACAUCUACAUCCAGCAGUACCUGGAGAAGAGCGGGCAGCUGACCCCCGACAUCCGCGCCAAGGCGCAGGGCUUCCUGCAGAGCGGGUACCAGCGAGAGCUACUCUACAAGCACGCUGACGGCUCUUACAGUGCUUUUGGGGAGAGUGAUGCCAGCGGCAACACCUGGCUCACGGCGUUUGUCCUCAAGUCCUUUGGGCAAGCCAGAGCCUAUGUGGCCAUCGAGGAACAGCACAUCACGGAUGCUCUGCACUGGCUGCAGAGGCAGCAGCUGAAGACGGGAUGCUUCCGCAGCGUGGGCAAGCUCUUCAACAAUGCCCUGCAGGGCGGUGUAUCGGAUGAGCUCUCACUGUCAGCUUAUGUCACUGCUGCGCUGCUGGAGCUGGGAGUGUCCCCAACGGAACCCAUGGUGAGCUUGGCCCUGCAGUGCCUGGAGGCAUCGAGCACCGACGACCUCUUCACGCAGGCGCUGCUGGCCUAUGUCUGUGGGCUGGCGGGGCGCGAGGAGCAGCACCAAGCCCGGCUGCAGAGCCUCGUCCAGCGCGGCAUCAGCACAGAGGGGCAGCUCUUCUGGCAGAGGAAGGGGAAGGCUCUGCCCAAGGAGUCCCUCUGGGCUGCGGCCGCGCCAGCAGAGGUGGAGAUGACCGCCUAUAUCCUCCUGGCACACCUGACCCAGUCCCAGGUGUCCUCCGCCAACUUGGCCAGAGCCUCCCAAAUUGUUCGCUGGCUCAGCAGGCAGCAAAACCCCUAUGGAGGCUUUGCCUCCACGCAGGACACCGUGGUGGCCCUGCAAGCUUUGGCCAAGUACGCCACUCUGACGUACAGCAGCAACGGGGACUGCGUGGUGACAGUGACAGCCCCAAUGGGCUCCACACAGGACUUCAUGCUGGAUGCGAGCAAUCGGCUGGUGCUGCAGCGGGCAGCCCUGCACGAGCUGCCAGGGCUGUAUGCGGUGCAAGCCCGUGGGCAGAGCUGUGCCCUGGUGCAGGUGACCCUGCGCUACAAUGUGCCACCACCGCCCAGCGCGGGGAUGUUCAAUCUCCGUGUGGAGACCAAGCCCAAGACGUGUAGGGCAGAUGCCAGUGCCCGCUUCCGCCUCCUCCUCCAGGCAAGGUACACCGGGGAGCGCCCCACCACCAACAUGGCUGUCAUUGAGGCCAAGCUGCCGUCUGGCUACAUCCCGGACAAGGGCUCGGUGGCGGAGCUGAAGAGGCAGAAGCUGGUGAAGAAGGUGGAGGUGCAGACCGACCAGGUGACAAUUUACCUGGACCAGCUGACGAAGGAGGAGGAGACCUUUGUCUUCACGGCCACACAAGACUUCCCGGUGAGGAACCUCCAGCCAGCCACCGUGACACUGUACGACUACUAUGAGACGGGUGACCGCACAGAUGCUGCCUACAGCGCUCCUUGCAGCUCAGAGGCUGACAGCCAGGCAAAGGAGAAUUUCUAGUGGAGCCUGAGGUGUGGCAGCCGGUCCCUCUCUGCUCAUCCCAAUGCCCUCAGCCAAGAACCAGGACAGCCGAAGAUAGAAAUCUUCGGCAGAAGCUCCCCCUGGCCACGGCCCAAAGCCCUCCAUGGGGGAAGAACACGGCCCAGGCUCUCACAGCACCACCAGCAGCCAGCACAGCACAGACUCGACAGCUUCUCCCCACAGUGCAGCUCCUGCCCUGCCAGACCCAGGGCAGGGAUGUCUUGGGGGCUCUGCACCACCCUGCCAUAGACGGUUUUAUGGGAACACCCUGGUGCAGCUCCCUCCACAAACAGCGCUGCCACUAAAAGGGAUCUGGGGAUAACUGCAAUCUCAUCACAACAGAUUUAGGCACUUGUUACCUGCCCUGGGUCUAAAUAAAUACAUUUUCUUAAGUGCA